UCUUAAAGGAUGGGUUGUCUUAACAUUUUUCUUUAUUGUUAUAGUUUCUCUAAAACAGGUGUAGUAAAAGGUUUGUCUAAAUAAUGAACGAUUUGAACCACAAAUAUUGCAUUGAACCUAAGGUAAAUCAGAGAUUAUCCUGUUUUACAGUGUUGCAUGUAACUAUGUAACCUCCCACAUUUCCAUGAAGGAAUCUUAAAACGUGAGUUCAGAGUUACAGUUCGGAGCACUUUUACACAUAACACAGAGUUGUGCAGAAAACUCUGUCUUGUAUAAAUUAGUACUUACAAAGGACUUCGCUGCCUUCCACUUUUUUUCUUAAAAAUGAAGGAAUUCGGCCAGGAUAAGGACAAUCAAACGAUCAGGGACUAUGACACCAUGACUUCUUUUCUUGGAUCCUUUGGACCCUUUCAGAGGAGGAUUUUUUUGGCGUUGGCCAUCAGCAUCCUACCGAAUGGAUUUACUGGAAUCUAUAUAGUAUUCGUAGGCGCCACGCCAACUCAUGAAUGCCAUGUCCCCGAGAACAACAGCAUCAGCAACAUUUGGAGAAAUGUGACCAUUCCACUGGAAACAGUCGACGGUGUCACAAAGCGCAGCUCUUGCUGGAGGCUUAACCUGGAAACGGUCAGGAACUACUCUCAGCAGAACUUUAUCCCGAAUGUCGACGUGAACGUGAGUGAAAUUCCCCAUGAGAGGUGUCUGGAUGGAUGGACAUACAGCAAGGAAGACUACCAGUCAACUAUUGUUUCAGAUUGGGACUUGGUAUGUGAUGAAGCAUAUAAAGCUCCACUGACCACCUCUAUUCAUUAUGUUGGAGUGCUAAUUGGAACUAUGGUAUCAGGUCAGAUGUCUGACAGGUUUGGAAGAAAGCCGAUUCUCUUUAUCAUGAUGGCCCUUCAAACCAUAGCAAUAACAGCACAGAUCUUCUCACCCAGCUGGGAAAUCUUUACUUUUAUUUUUGCUCUUGUGGGCGCUGGAGGGUACUCCAACUACACAAUAGCAUUUGUUCUGGGAUCUGAAAUUCUCAGCCCCAGGACCCGGGUUGUGUUCUGUUCCCUUGGAGUUUUCAUGGGCUCAGCUGUAGGUUACAUGGCCAUGCCUGCUGUUGCCUACUUCAUCCGCGAUUGGAGAAUGCUGCUGAUUGCAAUGGCUGUAUCCGGACUUAUCUACAUUCCUCUGUGGUGGUUGCUCUCAGAGUCUCCUCGCUGGCUGCUUUCUCAGGGGAGAGUAGAAGAAGCUGAAGCCAUUCUUAGAAAAGCUGCAAAAUUAAAUAGCAUAGAAGUCCCUCAGGACAUUUUUAGCCCCGCUGAGAUUGAAGAUGCUUUGUCGAAGAGUGAUGAAAAAACAAAUCCCUUGGUCAUCCUGAAAAGCUGUAAUAUAGCAUCUAUAACAUUGUUAUGUGCCAGUCUGUGGAUGAUCAUCACCAUUAGCUACUAUGCUUUGCUCCUCAACACUUCAAACCUUCACGGUGACCCCUACUUAAACUGCUUCCUGUCUGCUGUGACAGAAGUACCAGCAUAUAUUAUUGCCUUGCUGCUGCUGCGGUUCUGCUCCAGGCAUCUGUGUCAGUCCUCCACUCUUUUCCUCGGAGGCAUCAUGAUUCUCUGUGUACGGCUCAUACCCAUAGAUUUACCCAUUGUGGCUGUGCUUCUUGAGAUGUUUGGAAAGUUUGGAGUGACCGCAGCAUUCUGUGUGGUUUAUUCCGUCACAUCAGAGCUCUUUCCCACUGUUAUAAGAAAUACUGCAAUGGGUUGCUGCUCCAUGGCCGCCCGCAUUGCUACAAUCAUCUCUCCUUUCAUCAUUUAUCUAGGGAAAUACUACAAGGCGCUCCCGUACAUUGUGAUGGGUGUUUUAGCCAUUUCUGGUGGGAUUAUAUGCUUCUUGCUGCCAGAGACAUAUGGAAGAGCGUUGCCAGAGACAAUCCCUCAAAUGCAGCAGAUCUGCGGGAGAAGAAGAGGGAAGGAAGCUGAAACUGUGGAGAAACAGUUUAUUUCCCAAGCUAAAGAAACCAAAUUGUAGUUAGCUAUAAAUUGUGACAUGGUCUCUUUAGUUUGACUUUAGUCUCUGUUGGUGUCUGUGGAUGUAGUUGCACAUUUUUUGUUGUCUUAUAUAUUUUUAAAGUGGCACAUCAUUAUGAAAGCUGAAAGAGAAAUUAUAGUUUGUCUUGUCCCUGUUCUCUCCACCACUGCUGAAUCUUUUAUUUACUUAUUUCCUCAACAGUUAAAUAUCAGACAUGUAUUUUUUUCUUUUGACCGACAGUGUGACUGUUCCAGUAAUUUUCUUUACCUGACCUCACAUGCUAAAUGAAGAAUGCACUUCCAGGUAUUGUCACAGGGCUCACAGGUCAUGUGUUUGCAGCAACAGAAAGAAAAAAAAUCCAUAAUCCAGCUGUAAACUGUUUGGGUAAGAAGUUGGCUUUGUGAUAAAUUAUGUAACACAGGGAGACUAGGGCUCCAACCAGAAAUGUCUUCCUCGCGAUGUCCCUUAACGGUGCUAAGGAGCUAAAACGAAUCCCGCUAUCCUCUCCGUAACAUGACGUAUAAACACAGCCCACCUCACGGAAAUUAACGAAAAUGUCUGGAGACAAGAGAGUGUGCACUUGUGAGUAGCACCAGUUACCCUUUCACAUAUUACAAGACUUGUUGAUCAUCCAUGUGGAUAAGAGGCCUUUGCCCAUCUCCGCCUUUGUUGUGUACAGAAAAGGAGAUCCGAUAGAUAGUUUAACAAAGUAACGGCAAAGUUUUAAAUUGAAGGUAGCAAUGAAAUUACCAGCUGUGAUUAGAUAUAAUGUAAAUGUAAAUAAAUGUUAUAAAUACAUAUAUUAACCUUGAAAAUUAAACUCUGUAUGCUGUACAUAUUGUUUAUUUUGCAUAUAGUGUGAAUACACCAUUUUCUGUUAAAGACAAAACCUAUCCAUAAAAUUAAAACAAU